UUGUUUGCCGUAUUAUGCCGUUCGCUCGCCAGUUUGUGAUAAAAUGUGCAUUUUAAUAACGUUUUAAAAGCGGAAACGGUUCAGCUCACGGUUAGCCUUACCGAGGGAAGGAACGUGUAAAAAAAACAACAUACCCCUCCUUUUGCGAGUGUUUUUCGCUGGUGUUUCGUACAGCCCGUGGCAAAAGGGGAAGUAAAAUAAAAUAAACACAGUGGUACAACAAUAACACCAAGUCGAGCACGAAAGUGCCCGGAAAACCCCCCUCGGUGAACAAAUAGUGUUGCAUGCCUGCGGUGCAGUUCCGGUGCGUUACCAACGAGAAAGCAACCCCCGUUCAUAGCUUGUGGUGUGGUGCGGAGUGUGAAGCACCGGAGUUGUCCAGAACGUGUGAUACGAACGGUACCGAGCCAACAUGAGGUGGCAAAUUGUGUUGCUGCUAGUGUCAGUGGCGGUCGCUUCCGGCGAGAAGAAACUCGAGAAACGACCGACCAAAAAGGCUCACUCGGUAAAGCCGACCAAAACGCCCAAAUCCAUCCUCGAAGAGUUUACCGCCCUGCCGCCGGCCGAUGUCGACUUCAUCAAGGAGCUGGACCGUCAGUUCAAGGAGCAUGGCGACAAGAUCCGCAUCAAGGUGGAGCGCAGCAAUGGGACGGACGGCAAAAACAUCAAGCGUACGAUUGACGGUGAACUGGGAUACGGUCACUACAGCAAUCAGGCCGAUACGGGGUAUCAUUUUUCCAAGCCGAAAUACAUGAUCUACCCCUACUCGCAGCAUGACAUACCGCCGGUCCGCUCGACGCACAGCACCCACGAGACGGUGACGGACAUUGAGAUCACGCCCUCGCACAGCUACGAGCUGAAACCGAUCGAGGAGGUGUACCAAGUCUAUCCGACGCAGCAGUACUCGCACGAGCAGCACCAGCACCAGCAGCAGCAGCAGUACUAUCAGCAGCAUCAUUCGGGCCAGCAGCCUAAGCAGCUGUUCCACCAGGAGGACGAUUCGCCGGUGAUUGUGCUGAAGAUUCCUGGCCCUUCCAAGUAUGCGGCACAUCUGCAGGCACUGUUGCAGCAGUAUCUGGAAAUUCGGGCCGCCCAGCUGUACAAGGAGCUGGAAGAGCAUGAAUAUCAGCAGCAACAGCAGUAUGAACAGCAUCAUCACCAGCAGCAGCAGCAAGUACAACAUCAGCAGCACUAUGUGCAGGAGCAGGAGGUGCAUGCUCACCAUCACCACCAGCAACAGCAGCAGGAAGAGUUGCAGCAGCAGCAGCAGCAUCACGAGCAUCACACGAAGACAAAAUACAGCCAGCCCGAUCCGGUCUAUCCAACCGAGAUCGCCUACGUACCGAUGAUUCGCACGCAUCAAAAUACGUACGUCCCGCUGCCGGAGCAGUACUACGACGCUCCCAAAGCUCCGUCGCCCCGGCCUACCAAGCAUCGGAAAACGACCGUCACGCCAACGCACGUAACGUUCCACAGUACGGCCGCGCCAGAGCCCGCCUAUCACUACCAAACCUACCAUCCGGAGCAGCACGCCCAAGUCCACGAGCAGCACGAGCAGUCGCACGCGCCCGAACAUCAGCAGAUCCAGUACCAGUACGUGGCGCAGCAGCCCAGCGGGCACGGGGCCGAACAUGAGACGCAGUACGUGUACGAGAAGCCGAUGGUAAACUUUGUCACUCCAGUGCCCGAGACGCCAACGCACGCACACACGCACGAAGAGGCGUACCACCAGCAUCAGCAUCACCGGCAGCAUCAGCCACCGAAGAAGUAUCCCAACUUUGCCGAGUACCACCAUCACCAUAUGCCGCCGCAGCAGCAGGAGGAAGAGUAUCUGCCCGAGCCGAAGCUGGUCGAGAACUAUCCCAGCCACAAGCAUACGCGCGUCAUCUACAAAAGUCCCUCCCUGAAGACGGAACUUCAGCAGGAAGCAUUACAGCACGAACACUACCAUCAUCAACAGCAGCAGCAGCACCAUGAAGACGUCCACCAUCAUCAUCAACAGCAGCAGCAUCAGCAGCAGUACAUACUGCAGGAAGUGUACCCGUCGCAGGCGUCCUACUUCGAGGACAAAUCGUUCGUGGAGUCGGUCGGCCCGCAGGCAACGACAGACCGGAGUGAAACGGCUUCGCCGCACUACAACACCGAGCAGGUGGUGGCGAUCACGCAGAAACCCAAGCGGCUGUACAACUACCACGCCCACUCGUCCUCGUCCGGCCAUCACGGGUCGGGUUCGCGCGGCUCCCGGAUGGCGGCCGGUGGCAGCCGCUCGCGAAGCGGCUCGAAAGCGUCGAGCAAACGGGAUGCGGCCGGUUCGCCCGCACCCUACACCGAGGACGAGUUCCGCAAGGUGAACAAGAUGGUGCAGCGCAUGAAGAAGAAGAGCCGCACGACGCCGGUGGACGAGGGUGGAAUGAUGACGGCCACCGCAAUGAGCCCCACUAGUCCGAGUCCGCGGAUGGUUGCCUAGGUCGGUCUGUCUGGUUGUCCGACACCCGUUUAGCAGUUUAGUGAAGUUCUAGUGAAAUACCCCCGCACGACCAGUGCUGGCGAUGAUGCACACGUGUAGGAAUGCUUCUUUGGCAGGAGUGUGUUUUCAGUCUGUUUUUUGUAUUUAAAUUAUUAAUAGCAGCGUUUAGUAGCGUCGUACGUAGAUGGAUGAUCAACGGAGACGGUGGGAUGAAUGAAUGAAGCGCCUAAAGUCAUGCAAUCUGCACGACAAAGUUACCGUUGUAAGGAGGUACACUGUCAUUUACAUGUUGAAAAGGAACAAAAGUAUUUAGCGAUGAUCGAUACAAUGGGAUUGUCAGGAGAGGAGUCUUAGCAUAUGAAAAGUGAGAACGAAAUGGACACUUCAGACGUCGUGCGAGGAGGACAGGAAGGAUAAGCUAAAGAAAUGCAUAACAGCAAUGUAACUAUUAACUUGUAAAUGAUGAAACAUACCAGUUAUUAAAUAAAUCUAUUGAUUAGCGAAACAUUAAA